GUCGGGUAAUAUGGUAUUAUGAGAUCUUUAAGAUACGAUGGUGCCUGACCAUUAAGAGGUUUGUAGGUGAGAAGAAGGAUUUCAAAAUUUUAUGGCCUUAAGGCAUGCUUGAAGUUUAGCUAACUGGUUAGUUUCAUCUGCGUUGAACAAUUGAUAUAACUGGGUUUCAUCCGCAUAAUAAUGAAAGUUUAAGAGUGUUUCCUAAUAAUAUUGCCUAAAGGAAGCAUAUAUAAAGUGAAUAGAAUCGGUCUAAGCACAGAACCUUAUUUAUAUGGGCCAAAAUCACAAAUUUGCCUUACAAUCCGUAUAGCAUACAACACCCUCUCUCGUUAGACCCUCAAUUCUAACAAGUCAUAAUAGUUUGAGGCCCUGAUACUCUGCUGGAAAAUGGGUUGGGAGUGAAUCAGUGCCCCAAGUAAAUGAGAUCUUGUUCACAAAUGCAGGUAAGAUUGAUGCCACAUCAGCUGUAAUGUGGGUGUUGUACCAGACUGUCAACUGAAGGCCCCUCUACACUGAUUUUGGUCCAUCCCAGACUAAAGUUGGCAGUCAUGAAAAAAUCUGGUGAAGUGUUUGGUUGUCAAUCCAAAACUGUGGUCGCAGAUUUCACUGUGACAUACGUCCACUGACAGCUAAUUUUACUGCUUUGGACCAAAAUUCUAACAGUGUCACUAAAUUCUCACAACGUUACUGCUGCUACGACCGACAUCUACAGAACAACGAAAAUGAAUACAGCAUGAAAUGACACAGUCCUACACUACAGUACUGCAACGGCUGACAAAACAUUGUAAGCACCCAUAACUUGUAGCUCUUAGAUUUAUACACUGUGAAUGGGAGCAGGAGUAGAUGAACAUAUUGAUAUAUAAUAUGUGCAUAUAGUGUUUUGAUUUAAAACUAAAGUUUUCCAAACUUAGUGUCUUAUUUUGGCUGUGAUGCUGCUGCUCUCUGGGAUUUUCAGUCGGUCACACUGAGAACAUGACGAGGUGUUGGACAACCAAUGGCAGCAUCAGACAGAGGGUAUUAAAGUCCUGAGUCAGCAGUUCAUCAGGGAAAGGUGGAUGGAGGGAUGAAUGGAGGAGAGUCAGCAGCUGACAGCAACACACAGCAGACGGACACGUUUACUGACGAACUCCUAAACACCAACAACAAGUAAAACCUAGAGUCAUUGUCAUAUAUCUUGAUUCUGGUACAGUGAUCUGCCUCUUUCUGUCAUUUUUAGAUACUGUGAUUUAUAGAAAAUUAUUGGCACAGAGUCUUUUAAUUAAUUUCAGAGUGUUUUCAGUUUCCCUUCAAUGUGACACCAAACACCCUGAGGGGAGAGCCACCUCUGCUUUAUGUGAGGUUUGUUUGCUAUAUAUAUUUCAUGGUGUUGAUGUCUUGUUUUUCCCCUGACAGAUAUUUGCUGUUGAGACAUUUAAAAGUUUCCAUUCAGCCAACAGAUACAUUUACUGGUAAUCCAACUAAAACCCUGGACAAAGAAGUUUUAGGAGGAGGGGAGGAUGGAGAACGUCUCCUCGCACAAACAUUUCAUCCUCAACGGCUUCAAUGAACUCGGAGCACUGAGGCCCGUCCUGUUCAUCCCAUUCUCCAUCAUGUUUGUUGUAUCGCUGUCGGCCAACUCCCUGCUGCUGUACGUCGUCAUUUCACAGAGAAGCCUUCACUCACCGAUGUACAUCCUCAUCGCCGGCAUGGCAUGUGUGGACCUGAGCCUCCCGCUGUUCUUCGUCCCCAACAUGCUGCUGAGCUUCUUGUUUGACUGGAGGGGAAUCUCUCUGAGCGGCUGCCUGGUUCAGAUUUACUUUGUUCACCUGUUAGGAGCUUUUCAGUCUACUCUGCUGCUGUGGAUGGCACUGGACCGCUACUUUGCCAUCUGCACGCCACUUUACUACCAUGAAUGCAUGGCGUUACCGAGAUUCCUCAAGUUUGUGAUCCCACUUCUGAUCAGAAAUGUCCUCAUGAUCACGCUGGUAGUGACACUAGCAGGAUCAUUGUCAUUCUGCACUGCAAAUGUGAUAAACCACUGUUUCUGUGAGCACAUGGCUUUGGUGGAGCUGGCCUGUGGAAGUACCGCCAUCAACAACCUGGUGGGGCUGUUGACCGUGUUCCUCAUCCCAGUAGCUGACUUCAUCAUUAUCAGUUCUUCCUACAUAGUCAUAUUCAGCUCUGUGCUGAGUUCUGGCAAGUCAGGUGUCAAAGCGCUCCACACCUGCGUCACCCACAUCGUGGUCAUGACUGUCAGCCUGACCAUCAUACUUGUUGCUUUCCUGUCGUAUCGGAUAAGAAACGGUCUCCCUGUAGCCAUUCGGGUUUUCUUCAGCAUCAUGUACUUGUUCUUUCCAAGCUGUUUCAACCCAAUCAUUUACGGCAUCAGAACCACAGAGAUACGACAGCACAUCCUGAAGAUACUAACGUGUCGUCAACUUGUCCAAACAGUUCCCCAUUCUUAAGAGAGUGUUAAAAAAUAUUUUAUAUGAAGUAUCUCUACUCUAUAAGCUCAUUUAUGCCAGGACAAGAAAGAAGAUGGUGAGAAGUUAGGAAUCACAAAAAUAAAAUUGGUCAAGAUUAGGAUAAACUAAUUAACAUAGUCAAAAUUAUGAGAUUUUAACCUACUACCUUUGACUUCACAUCAAACACACACCAAACGUGACAUUUCACGUGAUAUUUCAUAAUUGCGAUCCUGAGGUAGGUACUGGGACACAUCAUCAGUGAUACCUGGGCUCCUCGAGUGUUUCAGAUCUUUUAAAACGCCCUUGCCCAGAUAACUCAGGGUUUAUCAGACCUCAACUUGUGCCCCAGUUAAUCCAGAGACAUCUGGAUGCUCUUUCAGCGGCUUCCGAUGUUUCCUGGUGACUCUCAUCUCUGCUGCCAUCCUGAUGCCCAGCAUCUUGAAUGCUCCAGUGGCCAGCAAGCUCUCCAUCCCUGCCUCUGACACUGCUCUAUCAGCUCCUGACAUUCUGCUGUGCAUACGUACCAUCCUGGUGGUCUGUACCUAAUUGAUACCUGCCUGUACCUCCUCCUGGACUACAUGCCAUCUGUCCCUGACAUGGUCAUAAUUGUCAUAAUUUAGGAACUCCCCCCUUCUAUGCCUGCAGCCAACACUUCAGGGGUCAGUGAAGUACCAGUACUGCAAAAACUCUCUUUCUCUCAUUUGGGAGACCAUGAAUUCUUCGAUCAGGCUGCUUAUGGAAAGCUGCAAUAUGUUCCUUCCAGAGAGACCUAUGCUGCUUAUGCUGCUACGAGGGAGAACCGGCCACCUGAAUCAGUAGCUGCUGAUCUUCCUCUCCACCAACUCUACACUUGUCGGUUGGCCAAGUGUUUGAGACACAAACCAUAAAACCACAACAUUCCCGGUUUGAUUUUGGCUUAGGAUCUGUGCAUGUCAUCCCUUCUCUCUUUCCACGUCUGUCCCAUCUUUAUAUCUAUUGUCAUUAUCAAGUAAAGGCAAAGUUGCAAAUAAAAAAACUCAACUGUGGUACCUGGUAAACUAGAAGAGGCCAGGGGACACGAGGAAGAAUGCCAUGUUGCCAUAUCCAAGGCUGGGCAUCAGCCACGUUGUCACAACUUUGAAAAUGUAUACAAAUGUACGCAAUACAGAACAGUGUAUCAAAAAUCCAAAUAAAACCUCUAUCCAGCUAGA